AUGGCAUCAGAAGCAAGUGAUGAAGGAGAGAAAAGUUGCCAGACGCCCGACAAAAACGUUGGCCAAUGUGUGCACUUCAGUGGCUGCAAAUUCGUAUUGCGGCAAUAUGCGAUGUACAAGGAACAUAUGCCGCCCGUCAUAAUGCGUUUCCUGCAAAGAUCGCGCUGCAGGCCCAAAGUUGAUGGCUAUCAUUUAUGCUGCGAACUGAAAGAUAUAAUUCCUGCGAGUGCCAACUCAAAGCUAAAAUGA